GCGGAGGGAGGCGGGUGCUGUCCAUGGCCCUGCGGAGCUCCGGGCGGCCCCGGGCUCCGCCGCGCCGCCGAGCGAGCGAGCGAUGGGCAACACGGUGCACAAGACGCUGGCAGACACGAGCCACCAGGCCCGCUCGGUGUCCAGCCGUCCCUACUACAGCCUGCCCAACAGCAGCCAUGAGAGACGCUCGGUGCUGGCCGUGGCGGAGCCGCCGCGCUUCCACUCGCAGGCCAAGGGCAAGAACGUGCGGCUGGACGCGCACUCGCGCAAGGCCACGCGCAGGAACAGCUUCUGCAACGGCGUCACCUUCACCAACAGGCCCAUCCACCUGUACGAGAAGGUGCGCCUCAAGCUGGUGGCCGUGCACCACGGCUGGAGCGGGGCCCUGCGCUUCGGCUUCACCAUCCACGACCCCUCGCAGAUGAGCUCCGAGGAGAUACCAAAGUACGCCUGCCCCGACCUCGUCACGCGCCCCGGCUACUGGGCCAAGGCUCUGCCGGAGAGGUUUGCGGUCAGGGACAAUAUCUUGGCCUUCUGGGUGGACCGGCACGGCAGAGUCUUCUACAGUAUUAACGACGAGGAGCCCAUCUUGUUUCACUGUGGUAUUAAAGUUUCCGGGCCGCUUUGGGCCCUCAUAGACGUCUAUGGAAUUACCCACGAAGUGCAAAUUCUAGACAGCAUGUUUGCAGAGACCAUGACCACCGCCCGGCUCAGCACCGCCCGGCUCAGCACCUGCCUUCCCCAGAGCAACCACGACUCGGCCAACUUCAACAACAACGAGCUCGAGAACAACCAAGUGGUGGCCAAAAUCGCAAACCUAAACCUAAGCCGGGUACCAGGGCUGGGGACCGACAACCACAUCAUCCCCUGCUGCCCCAGCCGGCGGCAGCACGCCCAGGGAAUGCCGGCGUUCCUGGACACCGACCUGCGGUUCCACCCCACCCGCGGCCCCGACAUCACCUUUUCCCAGGACAGGAUGGUGGCCUGCACCAACUGGCAGGAGAGCAAUAGGACUUUGGUGUUUUCCGACCGGCCUUUGCACAUCGGGGAGAGCCUCUUUGUGGAAGUGGGACACCUGGGGCUGCCCUACUACGGGGCGCUCUCGUUCGGCAUCACCUCUUGUGAUCCGAGCACGUUGCGGACAAACGAGCUCCCGGCUGAUCCGGACUUUCUCCUGGACCGCAAGGAGUACUGGGUGGUUUACCGGGCGUUCCCGGUGCUCAACAGCGGCGACAUCCUCAGCUUCAUGGUCCUGCCCAACGGAGAGGUGCACCACGGGGUCAACGGGGCCAGCCGGGGCAUGCUCAUGUGCGUGGACACCUCGCAGUCCCUCUGGGUGUUUUUUACGAUCCACGGCGUGAUCAACCAGCUCAAAAUCCUGGGCACGGUGCAGUCCAGCCCAGUGACGGUGUCUCCCUCAGGAUCCCCCGGUGGCUCCCAGUACGACAGCGACUCGGACAUGGCCUUCAGCGUCAACCGCUCCUCGUCAGCCUCCGAGUCCUCGCUGGUGACUGCCCCCAGCUCCCCUCUGAGCCCCCCCAUCUCUCCUGCCUUCUCCCCUCCGGAGCCAUCGGGCAGCAAGAACGGGGAGUGCACCGUGUGCUUUGACAGCGAGGUGGACACGGUGAUCUACACCUGCGGACACAUGUGCCUCUGCAACACCUGCGGUCUUAAGCUGAAGAAGCAGCUCAACGCCUGCUGCCCCAUCUGCCGACGGGUCAUCAAAGACGUGAUUAAAAUCUACCGCCCGUAGCGCCCGGCACGGGCUGCAGCAAGGGGGAACGCCGCUAGCAAACCACGCCUUUCCGUCCCUGCUUAUGGGUUAUCGUGCUGGUCAGUCGUUAUCAAGUGGCUCGUUAUCUGUGUUUCCUUAUUUGACUGGUAGGGCGCAAUUCAGGGAGCGAAGCUGAGCAUCGCGCGGGGCCCGCAGGCACGGCUGCUCCCGGCCCACCGCCGGCACCCGAGCCAGCUGCCAAGGAGAAAUUUCCCGUGCAAAAGCUCUUUUUUUUUCCCUUCCUCCCACUGCGGGGGGAGGUUCGGGAUGGGGAGGUUGCCACUCGGGCAGUGCCAGGUGACACUGAGCUUCCCGACCCUAAAACCCCACAGCUAGGGGCUGCUGCCAGGGGCUUGGGCUGUGGUGGAGCAGAACUGGGAUGAGGCCCAGCAGGAGGGUUCAAAGUGGACAGAACCGACCUGGAAACGUCCUGCAAGGAGAACUAGCUCAGGCCAAAGAGUGGCACAGCCGGGUUGUCUCUUAUCGGGGUUCCGUGCCCAUGAUCAGGCUCGUGGGGACGUGGAGGAGCUGGUCUGGGCUUAGACAAAGCAGAUUUUCCUUUCUGUGGCAGAACAGGGAUUUCUGGCCGUGGGGGCUGAGAGCCAGGGAGCUGCCCUGGGGUAGCAGAGAGCAGCGUGAGCCCUGGCAGAGCCCAGGCAGCCCCUGCAGGGACGGAGCUGCAGGGAGUGCGAGGGGCAGCUCAGGCACUGCCCCGCUGCCGUCUGAAGCCAUAAACUGCAGCCUGCGGGCCACAAGGGUGCUGGGACGGGCACACUGCAGCCCUGCCUUGGGAUAAUACCGCAGUGACGGGGUUUGUCACCUCCAGGCACGCCCCCCUGCCCUUUGCUGUGCCCUCCUGGCAGGUGGCACAGCUGCCGUGUCACCCUGUCCUGUCACCCAUUCCAGACCUUCCCCUGCAGCCAGUGCCACAGCAGGGCUUGGCCCUCCUCCUGCCCCAUCACGGGGAUUUUUUGGAGGCUCUGGCGAGAAAUUAAUUUCUGACCCAGUCCCAUCAGGUUCACCUUUAUUUCUGGGGGCUGGAUAUGCUGAUUUUACCUGUUCUUUCUCCAGCCUUUGCAGGUUUCCCAGCACAGCUCCCAGCUGCCUGCAGGCUGGGUCUCAGCUAUAGGUGAGACCUAGUCGAGAAAAACAGGGACUAUCUCACUUGGCUUUACUCAGGAGGGAACAAAAAGGCUCUGAGGCUGACUUAGAUGGUGGGAAUUGAAAGAUAAACGGGGUUUGGGUGUAAUGUCAGCUACGGACAGCACCUGAUUGUGCAGCACCAGGGCUGGUGUGAGGAGCUCAGCAUCCUCCUCCCUGCUGCUCCAGGAGGAGCUGCCCACCACUCUCCAUCCUCUGCCCAUUGCACGGCCCCUGUCCCGUCCUUCAGCCCGAGCCUGGCCAGUUUCCAGCUGGUCCAGGCUCAUAAAGAGGGGAAAAAAGAUGGAAGUGGGAGGAUGAGAGGAGCUGUGUCACUGCAGCUCGGUGACCGUGUGCUACCAAGUGCGUAAGAACAGCUUUUCAGAAGGGUGCAAUUACCACAUUUCAGUCUGGGGAAAGGGAAGUAUAGAAUAAAACUCCUGUACAUUUCAGGGCUUCUGGGCACCAAGGGAGCCCGGGGGCUGUCUGGCUAUUCCCUCUCUCCUCCAAGGCUGUGGGUGUGAGGUGCUGCUGCCCAGGUGGUGGCUUGGCUGUGCCAGGAGAGCUGGGUUUGGGUGCUGGCCCGUGCCAGCCCCGUGCCAGCGCUGUGCCAGCCCUGUGCCACGCUGCCAUUGGGGAGAGCACACCCAGGGAGCCGCUCAUCCUCCUCCUGCAGCGGGCUGUGCUCAGAGGACACCCAGACACCUCUUGUUUUUUACCUUGGAGAGCUGAUGAACGUUUUAAUUGAGUGUUUCCAUGAGAGGCUGCAGUGGAGCGAGACCUCUGAGCCAUGGCCCUGCACGAGGGCCCAAAAGCUUUGCAGAGCCCUUUUUGGAGACCUGGCUGAUGCCACUGGCUGUGCCACCACCCUCAGCAGGAGCCACUACGCCUUUCACUGCCACCUUUCCCUGAGGAGGAGCCGGGACACAUCCCCUGCAUCUGGAGCUUUUUCUGGACCUCCCAGCCGUCCCCGACCCCGGGCACCACAGGCUUUGCAUUCCCAGGGAUCUCCCAGCCCCAUCUGGCAGAUCCAGGUCUGCCUGUGGGCACAGCACCAUGGGCACAGCGGUGCCAGGGUGUGUCAGCGCCUGCCUGGGCACUGCCAGCCGUGGUGGGAAGCCUUUCCACGGGGAGGAAAUCAAGGAAAGCUGUCGGAAUGCCCAGCCUGGAUCAGGUGUGGGUCAUCCCCAGGGUCGCUGUCCCAGUUUCAGAGGUGCCCUUUGGUCACUGGCAGAACCCCCUGGUUUGGUGCCACGCCAGCAGGGUGGGUGCAGCCGGGGUGGUUUUUUUUUUUUGGUGUAGCUCUGUUUUGUAUUUUUAAGUCAGCAAGGAGAAACACCGAAUCCACCCUGGGAGCUGCUCAGGGCGAGUUGCAGAAGCUGAAUUUUUGCUGUAGCAGCCAAAACCAGUUUGCGAGAAGGGGCAGCACCCAGUGAGGCCAGCAAGGGAACCGAGUGGGAUGGGAGAGCAGUGGACCAGCAGCCCUGCCUAUCCAAGAGCAACAGGAAUUUUCCAAAAUAGGCCUCAAAAAAAAAAAAAAAAAAAAAAAAAAAAAAAAAAAAAGAGAGAAUAUAUAUAUUAAGAAAAAAAAAAAUACUCCAGGAAAAGGUAGCCUCUUACAGAUUUCAUUGUUAGUAUUCGUAUUGCUAUUUUUUUUAAACAGUCCAAUGAUAUUUGAUUUGUACAGAAGAUCUGUUUGUGCCUUAUAAGGGUGUCUGUGCACUUUUUAUCCUUUUUAAAGCAACUUUUAAAAAGAAAAAAAAAAAAGAAAAAAACAAACAAACAAACAAAAAAAUAUGGGGGGAGAAAACCAACACAGAUCAAUGGUAGUUUUAUAGAAUUUUGUGUUCACUGAGAAUCCUGCUUUACAUGUAUCUAUAGACAUCUACAGGUAGAUAUCUAUAGAUAUAUGAGUGACAAAGUGUUUCUUUCCAUGGAUUUUCCCCUCCUCUCCUCCUUAACCUUUGUUUGAAAAUUGAAGAAAAAAAGGAAGGAAGGAAAGAGAUGGGGGAACUCUUUGACCUCUCCCCCUUUCUGAGGCAGUUCCUCUCUUGUCGUUACCUUUAUGAUUCAAUACUGUGACCUGUAUUAUCUUGUUGAAGCUGAAUCAGAUCUUGGACCUCUGUAUUAGGCUUUUCAAGCAAAUUUUUUGGGGGGCCUGGGGAGGGAGGGCAUCGCACGAGGGAGGGAGCUGCACCUCUACAUGUCAGUGCUCUAUAGUGUUCAGUGCUGUGUGUUUUCCUUUUGUCCAUUUACCUGUUUUCCAUGAAUAUAAUUUGACUUGUUUA